UAAAGAGAUAACGAUAAGAAAUGCUUCCAAUCAAAAUUAAUAGAAAAAAUUAAAAAAAGGAUACUAUGAACAGUGUCAUUAGUUGCCUUGGGGAAGUAAUUAAAACCCUCAUGUGUUCAUCAAAUUCCAAGUUUUGCUCAAGUCAAGAAAACCAGAGAAAACCUCUUUCCACAUUUUGAUCCAAGCUCACUUAAAACCUUUGCCUUAAAAAAAAAAAAAAAUCCUGUUUCCUUCUUUACAUUCAUUUCAUUAUCAACCAAGUGAUAUAAAAGAGUAAUCUUUGUUUGGGUUUUCUGUUCUGGUAGCUUAACUGGAGAGCUAGCUUUCAUGGGGUACUGUCCAAGUUCAAAGAUGUUCAAUAAAGCAAUGGUGAAGUUCUGUGCAAAGCCAAAAACAAAGGCUAAAGGCAUGGUGGAAGAGAGCAAGGAGAAGAAGAAGAUCAAAGGAACAGUCGUUUUGAUGAAAAAAAAUGUGUUGGACAUGAAUGAUCUCAAAGCUUCUUUACUUGAUCGAGUUCAUGAGCUUCUUGGCAAGGGUAUUUCUUUGCAGCUUAUCAGUGCUGUUAAUACCGACCCUGCAAAUGGGAUGCAAGGGAAGCUUGGAAAGCCAGCAUAUUUGGAGAAGUGGGUCGCGACAAUCACGCCAUUAACAGCAGGAGAAACCAGGUUUUCUGUAACAUUUGACUGGGAUGAAUCCAUGGGUGUUCCUGGGGCUUUCAUAAUAAAAAACCAUCACCACAGCCAGAUCUACCUCAGGACAGUCACUCUUGAAGAUGUUCCUGGUCAUGGCCGGCUACAUUUUGUUUGCAAUUCCUGGGUCUAUCCAGCACAUCGCUACAAGUAUGAUCGGGUCUUCUUCUCCAACAAGACCUACCUUCCAUGUCAAACACCUGAACCCUUACGCAAGUAUAGGGAAGAAGAACUAGUAAAUCUCCGAGGAAAUGGAAAAGGAAAGCUCAAAGAAUGGGACAGAGUUUAUGAUUAUGAUUACUACAAUGACUUGGCAAUGCCAGAAAAGGGUGUAAAGUUUACUCGUCCAGUUCUUGGCGGAUCCCUGGAGUGUCCAUAUCCCAGAAGAGGGAGAACAGGUCGGAAACCACACAAAAAAGAUCCCAAUACAGAGAGCAGACUAUUUCUUCUAAGCUUAAACAUUUAUGUUCCACGAGAUGAAAGGUUUAACCUGGUCAAGUUUUCAGAUUUUCUUGCCUAUGCUUUGAAAUCUCUGUUCCAGAUAUUGAUCCCCGAGAUUGCAGCUGUAUGUGACAAAACCUUUAAUGAGUUUGAUUCCUUUCAAGAUGUACUUGAUCUUUAUGAAGGUGGUAUAAAACUACCAAAUGAUGCAACUAUUAAGAAGAUAAGGGAUUGCCUCCCUUGGGAGAUGAUCAGGGAACUUGUUCGUAAUGAUGGUGAGAGAUUGAUGAAAUUCCCAAUGCCUGCUGUGAUCAAAGAGGAUAGGUCUGCUUGGAGGACAGAUGAAGAGUUUGCACGAGAAACUCUAGCUGGAGUCAACCCAGUUAUCAUUAGUCGACUCCAAGAAUUUCCCCCAGCCAGCAAGCUUGAUCCUAAAGCAUAUGGGAACCAGAAAAGUACCAUUACGAAGGAACACAUUGAGAGGAAUAUGAAUGGACUCACUGUGGAAGAAGCUCUAGAGAGAAACAAACUGUUUAUAUUGAAUCAUCAUGAUGCAUUGAUGCCAUACCUGAGGCGGAUAAAUUCCACUAGCACAAAGACUUAUGCCACGAGAACUCUAUUCUUAUUGCAAGAUGAUGACACAUUGAAGCCAUUGGUAAUUGAGUUGAGCUUGCCACAUCCACAAGGAGACAGUCAUGGUGCUGUCAGCAAAGUUUUCACCCCAGCAGAGGACGGUAUUGAAGGUUCAGUCUGGCAGUUGGCCAAAGCUUAUGCUGCUGUGAAUGAUUCUGGCUACCACCAGCUCGUUUGUCAUUGGUUGAAUACCCACGCUGUAAUUGAGCCAUUUAUAAUUGCAAGUAAUAGACAGUUGAGUGUGGUUCACCCCAUAUAUAAGCUCUUGCAUCCCCACUUCCGUGACACAAUGAACAUAAAUGCUUUGGCCCGACAGACCCUCAUCAAUGCUGGCGGGGUGCUUGAGUUGACAGUCUUUCCGGGUAAAUAUGCACUGGAAAUGUCUGCUACUAUUUACAGGAAUUGGGUGUUCACUGACCAGGCUCUCCCUGUUGAUCUAAUAAAGAGAGGAAUAGCGAUUCCAGAUUCAAGCUGCCCCAGUGGCCUCAAACUUCUGAUAGAGGAUUAUCCUUAUGCUGUUGACGGGUUAGAAAUCUGGUCAGCCAUUGAAACUUGGGUCUCUGAGUAUUGCUCUUUCUACUACGCCUCAGAUGAAGUAGUGAAAGAGGAUACUGAAAUCCAAACUUGGUGGACAGAGAUUCGAAAUGAGGGCCAUGGUGAUUUGAAAGACGAACCAUGGUGGCCUGAGGUGAAGACACGAUCUGAGCUCAUUCAAGCAUGCACAAUUAUCAUAUGGAUUGCUUCUGCUUUCCAUGCAGCUGUCAAUUUCGGACAAUACCCUUAUGCUGGCUACCUCCCUAACAGGCCAACAGUUAGCCGUCGAUUCAUGCCAGAACCAGGCACUGCAGAAUAUGAUGAACUUGAGAAGGACCCUGACUUGGCCUUCCUGAAAACAAUCACAGCACAGUUCCAAACUCUGCUUGGUGUGUCCCUUAUAGAGGUUUUAUCCCGGCAUUCGGCCGAUGAAAUAUACCUUGGGCAGAGAGACACUCCUGAAUGGACUACAGAUGCUGAACCGUUAGCUGCAUUUGAAAGAUUCGGAAAGAAGCUGUUAGAAAUCGAAAACAGAAUUAUGGAAAGAAACAAUGACAAUAGACUGAAAAACAGAAUUGGACCAGUGAAGAUGCCGUAUACCUUACUAUAUCCUAACACCUCAGAUUACUCAAGAGAGGGUGGACUUACUGGCAAGGGAAUCCCAAACAGUAUCUCAAUCUAGAUCUUAAAUGCAUAUUCCUGAAGGAAGUACAUAGGCAGCAUCUUUUGUCAAUCUAGUACAAUAGGCUGCCAAUUUGAUUUUGCAUUUUCCUAUUCUGUUUAGUUUAUCCACAUUGAAGGACUGAGUAGUGCAGAUUCUUAGCUAUCUUCUCAAAACAAUAUGUUCUGUGACAACGGCACGGUAUGCCAGUUUUUCUUAAAAAUAGUAUUACUACCAUUAAGAAAAGGUGCAUAUCAUUACCGAUGGAAUGGCAUUACCGACAGAUUGUCGCUAAAAAUGUUUUCAAGAAAAGCGAGUAAUACAGACGGACACCCUGUU